AUGAGUUUAUUCAGUGGCCAUGCUAAGACAUGGUUAGGAACGCCUCUGCACUCCGGCGUUCUCUCAUAUCCAUCUCAGGCGCUUCACACGCUGACACAGCUCCUGAAGAAGCCGAGACAUGGACACGCUGAGAAGAAAGGGAUAAAAACUGGACCUGAAGAAGAGAGGAAGCGGGAAGAAACAACAGCAGAAGAAGAGUGCAUCAAGGCGGAGAAUGGGCAAUUCCUCCUUCCCAGGCAUGUCCCCUCUCUCUCCGUCCAUUCUGUAGUUGCAGGUCGAGAGAAGAGAAAGGGUCCCAUGAUCUCUGCCGGCGAUGCCGAGUUCCCCCGGGAUUACCACACCCUGGCCGCCACUGGUGGCCGCGGGGCCCGACGGUUCCCCGACAACAGCAACGGGGGCUUCACGUCGUCCUCGCUGGACCGCCGGCACAACUCCGUGGCCGCCAAGAGCCUGGAGGCCCUGAACAGCAUCCACAAGGCUGACAUAGAGCGUCAGCGAGACGCCAUCAUGGACCUCCAGAAAAACAAGUUCUCCAACAGCCCCAGCAGCAUGUCACAGGGCUCCCCCGCUGCGGGCCGACAGCAACAACCAAACUACUGGAGCUUCAAGACUCGCACGCCACGUGUGACACGACUCAGCCCGACACAGCCGGCUCUCGCCGACCAGGCCAGCAGGGUGUCCUUCGCGUCAGCCGAAAAUCUGGAGAGCAUGUCAGACCCUGAUAUUCCCAUCGGCUUCAACAGGAUGAACCGGCUCCGCCAGAGCCUGCCGCUGGCCCGCUCGUCCAGCCAGGCCAAGCUGCGGGCGCCAGGGAUCUUGUUCCUCCAGCUUGGGGAGGAGACUCGCAGGGUUCACCUGACCCACGAGCUGACCAGCCUGGACACUCUGAGGGCCCUCAUCGUGCACAUGUUCCCCCAAAGGCUCACCAUGGCCAUGCUCAGGUCUCCCAGCACGGCUCUGUUGAUUAAAGAUGAGACCCGUAAUGUCUUCUAUGAGCUGGAGGACCCACGGGACGUUCAGGACCGCUGCGUAAUUAAGAUUUACUGCAAAGAGCCCAUCUACAGCACCUACCCUGGACAUCACAACCCACACCUGGCAAACGGAGACCUGCGGGUAAGUGUGAGUCUGCGUGCACACAAACUGUGUGUCUACAGAACUAAAAGAAUAAACUUCGCCAAGGUCAAACACAUGUUUUUUACUCCUCAGCCGUUUUUAAGCCGCCAGAAGAUACCUGACAUGAGAGAUUCCUAUGGAGCAACCAUGCCCAAUCGGGGUUCUCCAGGGAGACAGAGUUUGCGAAGAGACUCUGUGACCUCUUCUGUGUUCGGGGAAAGUCCCAAAGCCCGGGGUCAGGGACCAGGACUGGGUCUCACCUCAGAGCAGCUGUGCCUGUUGGCUGGAGGGGAUGGAGGUGGACCUGGAGGCUUCGGCUCACCUCUGCUGGGGAAUGAGACAGAAACCAGCUGCUCCUUUUUCCUCCUGUCAGAUUUCUAUCUGCGUGUCUCACUGAAUGAUAAAACUUUGACACCAUCUGCUCCUCUGGCCCUGAUGCCUCCUCCACCCUCGGGGCCCAACCAGCCUGUGACGGUGUCCCGUCUGCAGAUGCAGCUCCACCUACAAAGCCUGCAGCAGAACACCAACGCCCUGCGCAAACAGCUGUCACAGCUACGCAACAUGCAGCUGGAGAACCAGGACUCGGUGCUCGCCCUGCUGAGACAGACGGAGUCUGAGCUGAGCCUCAUGAUGCUGGAUGCCAUGCGCACCCAGGAGGACCCGCUUCAGAGACAGCGCCUCCUAGUGGAGGAGGAGAGGCUCAAAUACCUAAACCAGGAGGAGCUGCUCAUCCAACAGCUGCACGACCUGGAGAAGUCUGUGGAGGAGCUCCAGAGGAACUCGUCCGUGAAUCACGGGCUCGUGACGGAGCAGGACGUGGAGCAGAAGAGCAAAGAGCUGAGGAUGCUGGGAGAGACGCUCACUGAGCUAAAAAACCAGUUCCCGAGCCUUCAGAGUAAGAUGCGCGUGGUGCUGAGGGUGGAGGUGGAGGCUGUGAAGUUCCUGAAAGAGGAGCCUCAUCGUCUGGAUGCCCUGCUGAAGCGCUGCAACACCAUGACGGAUGCUCUCAGCACGCUGCGCAGGUCCGCCGAAGUGCGACUGGCGGCCGAGCGGGACUGGGAGGAGAAGCGUGCCAGCUUGACCCAGUUCAGCGCCCAGGACAUCAAUCGCUUGCUGGAAGAGACUCAGGCAGAGCUGAUGAAAGCCAUCCCCGACCUUGACUUCGCUGCCAGGCACAUAAACAAGCCGGCGGUGCCCCCGAAGCCCCAGAUCACCAUCCCAAUAACGUCCGCCGCAGCUACCUCUGCAGCUGGGACCGCUGGGACCACAGCCACGACCUCCAUCACUACAAACACCACACCCAGCGGGGACCAGCAGCCUGGAAAGGUGCAGCUGGCUGCCCAGAAGCUGAACAGCAUGGAGGGGGCUGGUUCGCAUCGAGGCUCAGUGGACCUCAACGUGGCCAAGUAUCGGACAGAAAAGCCCUCCAAGUCUCCUCCUCCGCCUCCACCUCGCCGAAGCUUCCCCUCCGCUCACGGCCUCACCACAAACCGAACUGGAGAAGUCAUCGUCACCUCCAAGAACCUGAAGCACGAUGAAGACGACGAAGAGAAGAUUAUUGCCGAGCUGGAGAUAUUUCAGAGAAUGCCCGUAAAAGAUUGUAAUAAAGGGUACAGCAGCCCAGCAAAGGCCGCCCCCACCUCUCCCUGCAUCAUGGGCAGAAAGGUAAAUUAAAAACCUCCAGUUGCCUUCUGUCUCCGCCACACCUGUGGGCUCUGCUUCUGUUUCUGCUCAUUCCUCCUUUCUUUGUAUUUCCUACUGCUGAAGCUUUUGUAGCGACUAAUACAAAGAGUCAACACCUUUUUCAGGGUCACGCUGAAAUAAGCAGCGGAAACACAGCUGUAAAAAGCCAGCAGACUCAAUUGUAGACAGCAGUUUAAUCUGGUGGUUUCCUGACCUUGGUUUAAAAACACACCAGCAUUUCCCACCAUUUAUACAUUCAGAUCCUUUCAGAUGCUUUCAUGUCAUCGGCCUUAUACUGCGAGGUUUCUGUUAGAGGAGAAAAACACACGGCGAGGAAAAUCUGGUGAUUCAUCUCAGCGAGCUAGCAGCAACUGAAUUUAUUUAAUGAUUAUAAUUCAAUUUAAAUACAAUAACUGGCUUUACAGGAGCGAGGAAGAGAGAGGGCACCGUGGGCACCGUGCAAAAGUCUUCUUUACAUUUUGCAUUUUGUUUCUGAGGAGCGAGACUUCCUUAUAUUUGUUUCGCUUGUGCAAGUCGUGCAAACAACGGUGAAGGAUGUCAUGUGACUGCAGCGUCACGGUGUUUUCUGUCACUGUGCACGCAGCACUGCGAGCCGUGACUGAUGGCAUUAAUCUGCUGUUUUCUGCUGGGGGAGUAACGAUGACCUGUUUUAACAGAAAACUAGAUAAAGUGUUAAAAUCUAUUAAAGUUGCCAUGUCAACAGCACUGUAUGUGAAUCAGAUCGUUUCAGUUUGUUUGGUGAUGCUUAAUCACUUUUCUGUAAGCUAAUUAAAGUGUGUGCUAAAUUUAAAACAUCCUAUUUAGUUUAUUUUUAUUUUUUACUCCUAUGUGGGAUCAACAGAUGCUGAAAUAUAUCAAAGAUUAAAAGAAAUAACAGGAUUUUCUGGCGGCGUGUCUUCAAAAUGAAAACAUUCAUAUUUAAAAAUCCAGGUGUAGGCAGAAGGCUGAAUAUAAAUUUAAGGUGGCUGAACUUUUCUUCUCUUUCUAACCCUGUUAAUGUGUCCUCUCCUCUGCUGACUUUCAGUCUUGCAUAUUGUGAUGCUUGUUUAUAAAAACGUGCAUUAAGUCUCCGUAACCGCCGCAGCAGCUCCUUGUAGCUGACGGCGUGAUGCGAUGUGCAGUGAGUCAGCACGGAUCGAAGCAGAUCAUGCAUUUAGUUUAGAGCGCUCUUUAUGACAGCUCCGCUGGCACGUUGAGCCGAGAAAAGAGGUCUUGUUUUUGUUGGAAUUAUCGCACAACGCCACUAAGCAGGUAGCUGUCAAAAUAAAGGGACGGCGAGACGAGGAGGGAGGGCGAGGGAGGGGAUUUCAGGUUCAGAGCUGCAGACAGAAACGUUUCUCGGAAAGAAUCUAUUUUCUCACACGCAGGUGCUUUAAAUUCAGAUCCCGCUUUUGUUCGCUGAAGGCGUUUCGAGCAGCGUGGCGUCUUUAAAGUUCCUGCCAGCAGUGAUUAAAGUCAGCAGAAAUAAAUAGUCUCUUUCUAAUACUGGUCAUUAAAUCUGUGCUUUCCUGUGGUAGAAUAUUUUUACUGAAAUUUGGUCCAGAGAGACGCAAAAAAGGUUAAAACUCAAGAAUGGCGAACACCGGCACCCAGAUCCUCUCUGUACAGCUGCUCUCUACAGACGCGUAGACAUUAUGCAAUCAGUCGUCACAGCGCAGCACUGUGAUAGAUGUAAAUCCAGUUAUCAAUGAAGAUUUUUUUGUCACUUUUUAACAAUUUAAGCUCAGUUAGGAUCAUUUUAUUCAAAAGAUGUCACCACCCUUCACUGCACAUGCACGGAAAAGAGCGAACAUCACUGACAGCAGAUGUAAUGUUAAUGAAGACGUAAGGAUGCAAGGCUAAAGGAGCUUCAACAGGAAGCUCUGUAUGAGAUGUGUAGAUGGGUAUCAGCUGAUGCAGCCUGGCACAGAAAACAACUGAUCUGAAGUAUUUAUUUACAAAAGACUGGUAAACAGAUCUUAAAAGUGUAUGAAGACAUUGUUCUAGUGUGCAGUUUGUUCCAUAUUUAUGUGAUAACAUCACAAAGUUGCUGCAGAUUUGAUGAUGUCAAUCUCUCGUUUCACCAAAGACUGGAUUAAAAUCUGGUGACAGUGGAGGUCAUUUGAGUUCAGUGAGCUCGUUUUCAUGCUCCAGGAACCAGUUUGUUGACGUGCAGCUGGAUGGAUCCAUCUUUUUAUGUUGGUUACAUCAAAUUGUCACUCAACCAUCUGAUUGUUACAGCAGAAGUCGCCUCAGACCAGGAAACAUUUUUCUAAAUCUUCUUUUGCCCAAUUUCAGUAAGAAAAUAUAGAAUAGAAUA